CUUUAUCCGCUCGUUCUUCCCUCCUCGGCCCUCGUCGUCCAUUCCACCGUUCCGGGCGCAAAUGGCCGCCCUCCUCAGCCUCUCGACCACGACGCCCGCCGCCCCCCACAUCCGCUUGCCUGCUUCUCCCUUCAAGGGUAACAUCAAGAUUCUGUGGCCCUCGUUACCAUCUCUCUCUGCGUCAAAAUCUUGCCUUGUUCUCCGAAGUGGGCCGCAGCGAGCUAUGGUUGUGUGCAGUGCCGCCACCGGCACUCCCGAUCCUGAGGCCUCGGCGCCCUUGGGCCGCUUCCGGCUCAACAACCUGGGCCCGCAGCCCGGUUCGAAGAGGAAGAACAAGCGGAAGGGUAGGGGAAUCGCCGCCGGGCAGGGGAACAGCUGCGGGUUCGGCAUGCGGGGUCAGAAAUCGAGGUCCGGGCCCGGCGUCCGCAAGGGCUUCGAAGGAGGGCAGAUGCCGCUCUACCGCCGCAUCCCCAAGCUUCGCGGGAUCGCUGGAGGCAUGCAUGCGGGUUUACCAAAGUUUGUACCUGUCAACUUAAAAGACAUAGAAGACGCUGGGUUUGAAGAGGGAGACGAAGUCUCAUUAGAAUCAUUAAAAGCAAAAGGCUUGAUCAAUCCAUCUGGCAGGGAGAGACGCUUACCAUUAAAGAUCCUCGGAGAUGGGGCUUUGUCUGUCAAGGUGACCGUAAAGGCACGUGCCUUUUCGGCAGCAGCUAAAGAGAAGUUAGAAGCUGCUGGUUGCACACUGACUGCAUUACCUGGUCGGAAGAAGUGGGUAAAACCAUCAGUAGCAAAGAAUCUCGCUCGUGCAGACGAGUACUUUGCAAGGAAAAGAGCAGCGGCUGCUGGUGGUGGUAGCGAGUGAGUCUGCUUCUGCAUGAGCCACAUUGCUGCCGAUGCUUGUUCUUGACAAGAUUCUUUUUCUUCUACAACCUGUUUUGAAUAUUUUUCUGAGGAUGCUCAUGUUGUAUGUGAUAUCUGUUUCAGCAAGCUUUUGAUUCAAAGUUCUGCAUUCAGCUAUGUAUAUAUGAUACUGUUUGAACAUGGUUUAUUAGGACCUAAUGACUUCAAAGCUU